UCACAGUGCUGUCCCUGCACAGCUGAGGAUGCAGCUUGAGGAAGCUAGGCAGGGAACGGGGCUGCUCAUCACCUGAUGCUUUGCAGCCUGAGACCCGAUUGGCGGAGAAGAGCUGUAUAUUUUUUUUUUUCUCCUGCAUGCUGCUGUGAUUUUUUUCUCUCCUCUUCGGUAGGGUGUCUGCUGUUUCCUAGCGUUUGCAAGAGUCUGGGCAGCAGCAGCAGCCGGAGGCUGAGGAGCAGCGUCAGCCCAGAAGGAGGCAAGGGACUGCAUGGGAGGCAGCAGCACCUAGCUGGAGCGACUGCUUUUGCAGCCAAGUUUCUGCAAAUCAGAAACCUCCCCCCCGCGUGCCUGACACACAUUUAAUACACAAAGGCAGCCACACUAACUUCUCAGCCGCCCUCAGAGGUUCCCUGUGGAGACAGGAGCCAGGCGGGUUGGACCAUGGAGCUGCUCUCCACUCCCCGCAGCAUCGAGAUCAACAACAUCACCUGCGACUCGUUCCGGAUCUCCUGGGCCAUGGACGGGGGCGACCUGGAGAGAGUCACCCACUACUUCAUUGACCUCAACAAGAAGGAGAACAAGAACUCCAACAAAUUCAAGCACAGGGAUGUCCCCACCAAGCUGGUGGCCAAGGCGGUCCCGCUGCCCAUGACCGUGAGGGGCCACUGGUUCCUGAGCCCCCGGACCGAGUACAGCGUGGCCGUGCAGACGGCCGUCAAGCAGACCGACGGGGAGUACCUGGUGUCCGGCUGGAGCGAGACUGUGGAGUUCUGCACGGGGGACUACGCCAAAGAGCACCUGGCCCAGCUGCAGGAGAAGGCCGAGCUCAUAGCGGGCCGGAUGCUCCGAUUCUCUGUCUUCUAUCGGAACCAGCACAAGGAAUAUUUCCAGCACGUCAGGGUGCACUGUGGGAACGCGAUGAAGCCCUCCCUGAAGGACAACAGCGGGAGCCACGGCUCCCCCACCAGCAUUGGCCCAAUGAGCACAGGGCGAAUCGGCGGCUACUGA